AUGUUCAAAAAAUUAAAACUGAAUCCAGAAAAAAGCGGUAGUGGGAGAUUAUUCCACGAACAAUGGACAGUGGAUUUUGGUGUAAUUCAAAACAAUAAUAAGGUACUAUGUUGCUUGUGUAACGAAACAGUUGUAAGCUGUAGUUUUAAUGUUAAAAGACAUUUCGAGACAGUUCAUAAUCAUAUAUUUUCUCUAUCGGCUGAAGAAAAAUUAGAAUUGAUUUCUCAAAAAGUAAAAUUUUUUAGAAGUCAAUCAAACAAAUUUAAAGUGGCGUUCAAACAAAAUAAUAAUUUAUCAGCCGCUAGUUUUUCUGUGUCGCAUUGCAUUGCGCAGCAUGGUAAGCCACUUUCUGACGGAAAAUACUUAAAAGAAGUUUUUGUUAAGGCGUCUAACAUUUUGUUUCAUGAUUUUACUAAUAAAAAUGAAAUAAUAAAACGUAUUAACGAUUUGCCUGUUAGUAGAAAUACUGUAAAAGAUCGUAUUAUUUAUAUGAGUAAUGAUAUAACAGUUCAGCUUCAAACAGAUUUGACUUCAGAAAAUUAUUUUUCAAUCUGUCUUGACGAAAGUACAGAUGUAACUUCACAGGCGCGACUAGCAGUCUUUGUUAGGUUCAAUAGUGUUAAUAUUAUGAGGGAAGAAUUAAUAAAAUUAAUGACGAUUUCUACUAAAACAACUGGUCAAGAUAUUAUGAAUGUAGUACUUAAAGAAUUCACCGAUUUAAAAAUAAAUAUAAAUAAUAUUGUUUCAAUAACUACGGAUGGUGCCCCUAAUAUGGUUGGCAAACACAAUAGAUUUGUUCAACUUUUUUCGAAAGAAAUUUCUCAUCCGUUAAUCAGUUUUCAUUGUUUAAUACAUCAAGAAGCGUUGUGUGCUAAAGACAGCUUGAAAUCGCUUCAAAAUGUAAUGGAAGUAGUUACAAAAGUUGUCAAUUUCAUUACAUCUCGUGCUUUAAAUAACCGACAAUUUACUAAAUUAUUAGAUGAAGUUGAAUCACAAUACACUGGCCUUUUAAUGUAUAACAGUGUUCGUGACGAAUCAUGGUGCUAUAGAUAUGAUCCUGAAACAAAGCAACAAUCGAGCCAAUGGGACAUGAAAGAAAAGCGUUUCGCGGACAUUGAUGAAGUUAAAAAAAAACGACGGAGGCGUUGGCAGGCAUCACAAAAGAUGAGUUUAAAAAGUGCUUCGAAAAUUGGAACAAAAGAUUGGACAAGUGCAUUAACUCCAACGGAGAGUACUUUAAAGGCAACUAAAUGUUUUUUGUAA